AAGGAUGUGAGGACGGAGUGUGUGUAACGUCAUGAAGGCUCUUUUCCUGUUAGAGGAGGGACUUGGUUUUGAAUUUCUCUGCAGCUGGAGAAAGGGGAGGAGGAGGAGGAAAAGAAGGAGAAGCUGGACUAGGAAGAAGCCCACCACUACAGUCUAAAAUACAGGGAGCAUUCAGUAUAUUCCCGACUCCCCUGCCUUUUUAGAGUUUUUGAUCUUUGGGGGAAAUCGUGACUGUGGGAUAAGGCAGGAAUGAAAAUGGAGGAGCAAGCCUCAGGAGGCCCCACAGCAGCGGAAAGGCCCCAGAGAUCAGGGAAAGCCCCUUGUGUGGCCCAGGCCGAGAGUAUUAGGGAAAGCCUGCAAAAUGUGCCAGCACAACAGAAAGUCAAACAGGAGCCAGGCGAGGGUCUUCUUCACCACUGGGAAGCCCAGUGGCAGGAUUUCCUGAAGACAGUGGAGUCCCCUCAUCCAGGAUGGGGGGUGCCACCAUUGCAAGAGGAGAUCACACCAUGGGAUGACACUAAGGCUUUCUUGGCCUCCUUCGAGCAAGUGGCCGAAGCCUGCCGGUGGCCCAAGGAAGAGUGGGUGACCCGACUCCAGCCAGCCCUCAGCGGAGAAGCCGAGGAGGCUUUCAGCAGGCUGGAUGCCAGAGACAGAGAGGAUUAUGGGAAGGUGAAGGCAGCCAUCUUGCGAGGGGACGCCCUUGGCAGGGAGAAGCAGCGCCAACACUUCAGGUGCUUUUGCUACCAGGAGGCUGAGGGGCCGAGAGGGACUUAUAGCCGCCUCCAGGAACUUUGCCACGAAUGGCUGAAAGUUGAAAAGCACACGAAGGAGCAGAUCCUGGAGUUGCUGAUCCUGGAGCAGUUCCUGAGCAUCCUGCCACUGGAGAUCCAGAGCUGGGUCCGGGACGUUGGCCCAGAGACCUGCUCCCAGGCGGUGGCCUUAGCUGAGGAUUUCCUGCAGAUGCAACGAGAAGCCGAGAGUCAGGAAAGCCAGGUGGCAUUUGAGGAAGAGGCUGUGAGUUUUUCCAAGACAAGCGGCGCCCCGUCUGAUGCUGAACAGAGGCAGCUGUGCAUGAAGGCCAAGCAGGAAGAUGAUGGUGGGAAUAUCAGACUAGCAGGUAAAAGGUGGAUGAGCACACAGGAAGCACACAGGAUGAGCACAGCAGAAGCUUCCGAGCAGGUGGAACCUUGUGGAUCCUCGGUACGGAGAAUGGAAGAGAAUGCUUCCUCUUGUAGUGAGCAGGAAAAUGCCUCUGAAAGUCAAGAAUGGCAGAAUGAACUCCACCCAACAGAGCGAGAGGAUGGAUCUGUUUCUUGUGGAGGUGCUUUCAAGGACUCCAGUGAAACCUCAGACCAGCAAGGAGUCUGCACUGCUCAGACCUCAUCAUUCAUCAUGGAAUCCACACAGGUGAGAGGCCGUAUGAAUGUCCUGAUUGUGGCAAAAGAUUCAGUCGUGGUUCUGACCGUAAUCGUCAUCAGAGGAUCCAUACACAAGAAAAAUUAUACAAAUGUCUGGUCUGUGGGAAGUGCUUCCUUUAUAGCUCGGACCUCAUCAUUCAUCAGAGAAUCCACACUGGAGAAAGACCCUAUGAGUGCUUGGACUGUGGGAAAAGAUUCAGUUGCAGUUCGGAUCGGAAUCGUCAUCAGAGAAUCCACACUGGGGAGAAACCCUACGUGUGCUUGGACUGUGGGAAAAGGUUCAGUCAGAAAGUGCACCUUAAUAGGCAUCGUAGAAUCCAUAUGGGGGAAAAGUCAUAUACGUGUUCAGAAUAUGGGGAAAGUUUCAGUCUCAGAUCUCCUCACUCAUCAGAGAAUUCAUGUUGAUGAGAGAAUGUAUGAAUGCCUGGACUGUGGGAAAGAAUUCAGCCGGAAAUUUAACCUCCAACGGCAUCAGAGAAUCCACGCAGGCGAGAAACCAUACUACUGCUUAGAUUGUGGGAAAACCUUUGGGUGCAGUUGGCAACUUCGAGUUCAUCGGAGAAUCCACACAGGAGAGAAGCCAUAUAAGUGCACCUACUGUGGGAAAGAAUUUGGGCGCAGUUCAAACCUUGCACGUCACCAGCUAAUCCACACUAGAGAGAAACGAUAUGCAUGCUCGGAAUAUUAUUGGCAAGAGAAUGAGACUAAGGAGGAAAAUAAUCAUUGGGAAUUUUCUAAACAAUUGGAAUGUUGUGGGAAGGCCUCAGGAAGCGUGGUGGUGAAUGUCUCCCAGGGUCACGAACGGGGAGAACCAUCCAAGAGUCAGCGCAGGUCAAAGAAGCAGCAGCAGGACCAGCCAAAGAACAGAACAGUGAAAUCAACUUCCCGUGCUGCAGUUAAAAAGGUAUUUGAGAAAAGCCCGCAGCAGCAGAAGGAAGAGUCGGCUUGGGGCCAUCUUGAACAGGGCAGCGCUCAAGUUACGGAGCCCCCAUAUCAGUGUUCCGAGUGUGGGAAAAGGUUAUGGCUCAAAGACAGCCUAAAGAGACAUCGGCGACUCCACACAGGAGAGAAGCCCUACAAGUGUUCAUAUUGUUGGAAAACCUUCAGUCAGAACUCCAACCGCAUUGAGCACGAAAGGACCCACACAGGGGAGAAACCAUACAAGUGUUCACACUGUGGGAAUCGGUACCGUCGAAGCUCCAACCUUGGGGCACACAAAAGGACCCACACGGGAGAGAAGCCCUACAAAUGCUUGGAGUGUGGGAAAGAAUUCACGCGGAAGACUCACCUCAAUGGCCAUCUGAGGAGCCACACUGGGGUGAAGCCAUAUGACUGUGUGGACUGUGGGAAUGGUUUCUGGCGUGAGACAGCUGGGGAGAAAUCCAGAUGCUGUACCAUUAAAGCCCUGCUGUUCACUGUACACAUCUCGGAGAGUCUUGCCUCUGAGCUUCUUUUGGUAGAGAGUGAAAGAGAGGAUAUGGACGCAGGGCAGGGGAAGCAGCCGGACUUCCCAUUCCAGGCUGUGCAGAAGCACUGGAUGUCCCCGGGAGUGAAAAUGGAGGAACAAGACCCAGGAGGCCCUGCACCAAAGGAGGAAUCGGAGGGAACAGGAAAAGCUGUCCUCCAAGUUGGAAGGCUCCAGGAAUUCCUGCAGAGGAUUCCCGGAGAACAAGUUAAACAGGAACCAGAGGAGGGUCUUCUUCAGCACUGGGAUGCCCAAUGGCAGGAGUUUCUGAAGACAGUGGAGUCCCCUUGCUCUGGACUGGCAAUCCCCCAGCUGACAGAAGAGCCCGCUCCAUGGGAUGAUACUAAGGCCUUUCUGGCCUCCUUUGAGCAAGUGGCCGAAGCCUGUCAAUGGCCCAGGGGAGAGUGGGUGACCCAGCUCCUGCCAGCUCUGAGUGGAGAAGCCAAGAAGGCCUUUGACAGGCUGGAGAUCGGAGACAGAGAGGAUUAUGGGAAGGUGAAAGCAGCCAUCUUACGACAGGAUGCUCUGGCCCGGGAAAGGUGGGGUCACCACUUCAGGCAUUUCUGCUACCAGGAGGCUGAGGGGCCGAGAGGGGCUUACAUCCGACUGCAGAAACUUUGCCAUGGGUGGCUAAGGGUAAAGAAGCAGACAAAGGAGCAGAUUCUGGAGCUGCUUAUCUUGGAGCACUUCCUGGCCAUCCUUCCACCGGAGAUCCAGAGCUCGGUGCGGGAUUGUGGCCCAGAGACCUGUUCCCAGGCCGUGACCUUGGCUGAGGAUUUCCUGCAGAUGCAGCUAGAAGCCAAGAGACAGGAAAAGCAGAAGCCAGCAUCACUUCAGGAGGCAGCCCCGGGUUUCUCCCGAUCUUCACAGGCUCUGCCUGACCCUGUCCACAGGCGGCGGUACAGGGAGACCACGCAAGAGGGUGACCGCGGAGAUGUGAAUUCACAAGCAGAUUCCAUGCAAGUAGACGAGUGUGAAGAAAGAAACCGUCGGCUAGGAAGACCUGAGCAAGCAGAACCAUCCCAAAGAAGAGUGCUGAAGAAUGUUUCCAGGACCCCGAAAAAGGGUGACUCCUCUGAGGAUCGGAGUGAACCAAAGAGGCAGCUAGGGGGGAGCCACCCACGGAUGGGAGUGGGGGAUCCUGUUUCUUGUGGGGUAAGUGAGAAACCCCUCCAUGAAGGCCUGCUGCAGCAAACGGCACUCAGUGGGUCUGAGGAAGGCUUUGAACAGGAGUCUGGCCUUAUCAAAUGUGAAGAGGUUGAAAUCCAAGAACUGACAUAUCAAUGUGAGGAUGGUGAAAGCCUCAGCUGCAAGGAUCCUCUGAUGAGACAUCCGCAAGUCCACCCUGGGGGGAAGCCCUACCAGUGUGCCUACUGUGGGAAAACCUUCAGCCGCAGGUCGCACCUCGUGACGCACGAGAGGACCCACACUGGGGAGAAGCCGUACGAGUGCUCAUACUGUGGGAAAACCUUCAUCCAGAGCUCCCACUUGAUCCUGCAUGAGAGGACGCACACUGGAGAGAAGCCCUACAAGUGUUGCGCCUGUGGGAAGAGCUUCAGCAGCACUUCCAACCUCCUCGCGCACGGGAGGACCCACACAGGGGAGAAGCCGUACAAAUGUGCAGUUUGUGGGAAGGGCUUCAUUAGCAAGUCCCACUUGAUUAGACACCGGAGGAAUCACACUGUGGAGAAGCCGCAGAUGGAACAGCCAGAUCUGGGGAAAAACUUUUGUCUAAGCUAACUGAAAAAGGAUCCACAUUGGAGAAAAGCCAUAUUGGAGUAUCUGCCUUGUUUCAUAUGGGAGUCAGUCCGUUACAGUCUAGUUCAGUUCCGAUUGGGGUUCAGCUGUGCUUGAAGCCAUACCAGGCCCAUAACAUUUCUGCGACUGGUCGGGUACACUUGAAACCAGAACGAAACUGGUUGGGUUCAUGCAGAAAAACGUACAUGUCCACAUUAGCUUGGUUAUGAGCAUGUGUGAUAAGCAGGGCUGUCAUCCAAUUAAUGAAGUCUUGGUUUUAAUUGUUAAGUAAUGUAUAUAUUUGCAUAUGAGUAAAAGCAACAGUUCUGGGGGG